UUUCUACUUGAUUACCUGUUUCGCCGGUGGAGAGUGCGGCGGCGUCAAUUUUCUAGUGUGAGCUUUGAAGUCUGUGUAUGUUUGGAAUGGUCCCGUGUAACUUGUUGCCUGGUUACCGGAAAACAAACAAAACAAGUAGGCAAUCGAUCAAACUCCCAAAAAACAAAUUUUCUAGAAAAUUACAAAAAAGAACUGGUCAGAGAGAGAGAGAAACGGAAGCAAAUUAAUUCAAAAUGGACAAACCUCAGAUGAUAGAACAUCUGCAACAGUCUGUGAACUAUACUGUGUAUGACACCAAAUGGAUACCAUGUUCGGCUAAAUUUACAGUUCUAGGCUCCAAGCCCAAUGGCCAGGGUAUUUUGGAAAUCUAUGAACUGAAUGAAAAUAAGCUGGAAAAGUUGAAGACAAUUGAGAAAAAGACAGCCUUCAAGUGUGGCAGUUUUGGUGCGGCGUCUCUGAGAAAUCGUCACAUGGCAAUUGGGGACUUUCAGGGGCGAUUGCAGGUUUUGGAUUUGGAACGUCCCGACAUUCCAGUGUACAAUGUUGAGGCCCAUUCGAGUAUAAUAAAUUGCAUAGAUGCCAUUGGGGGGAAACAAAAUAAUUGUGGAGCACCGGAAAUUGUCACCGGCAGUCGUGAUGGUUCGGUGAAGGUAUGGGAUAUACGUCAGGGCAUGGCUCCCGUUGUGGACAUGACACCAGACUCGGAUGGCCCAACACCAAACAACAUCAAAAGGGACUGCUGGGCAGUGGCAUUUGGUGAUAGCUAUAACAACGAGGAACGUAGCGUGGCAGCCGGUUAUGAUAAUGGUGAUCUGAAACUUUUCGAUUUACGCCAACUCUGCGUACGCUGGGAAACGAGUCUGAAAAAUGGCAUAUGUGGCAUAGAAUUUGAUCGUCGUGAUAUUGCCAUGAAUAAAAUGGUUGUGACCACAUUGGAAGGUGGCCUGCUCGUGUAUGAUAUGCGUACCCAACAUCCCUCCAAAGGGUUUUCGUGUUUGGAGGAACGUAAUGCCGGUCGUUCGGUCGGUUCGAAUGGCAUUAUCACAGGACCAAAGGCCACUGUUUGGUGUGUACGACAUUUACCGCAAAAUCGUGAUAUAUUUGUAACAUGCGGCGGUACCGGUUCGCUGCGUUUAUGGAAUUAUCAGUAUCCCGAGAAACGUUUGAAAGAGGAUACAGAUGGUUAUAACAUUGGAGUGGUGGGUUCACUUGAAAUGCUCAAUGCCACAACGAUAUCAACUCAACCGGUUCAUUGUUUCGAUUGGCAUCCCGAUAAAAUGGGUCUGGCCGUCUGUGGUGCCUUCGAUCAGAGUGUAAGGGUAUUGGUGACAACGAAGCUUAAUUUAUAUUAGAAUAAUUUUAUUGUUUUUAAUAAAAAAAAAAAAAAUUAAAAAAAAUAAACUGA